AUGCCAGAACAAGGACAGGUCUUGCAGUCUCGAGUGGUCCGCCGGAGAAAUCCACGCCCCAUCAACAGCUGCGUUGAAUGCCGCACCCGGAAGUCGCGAUGCUCCAAGACGCACCCUUGCCAGAACUGCACAGCCUUCGGGCGCGAGUGCGUCUUCAUCACCGUCCCUGAGAGCGCUGCGCGCAAGAAAGAGAGGGAGCAGAGAGAGCGCGCGCAGAGUAAGAGUGGCGCUGGUGUCACCAUCCCGGACUGGACCAAGAACCUCCCCGUGCGCACGCAGAGUAGUGCCAGUGUGCAUGAUGGGUACGAGAAUGCGAACUCCGUCGACACCACCACGCCUGGCACGCCUCCGCGAGACUAUGAAUGGGAAGCCUACCAGCAGGAUGUCGAGCCCGAAACGGAUGCCUGGGAGAGACUGCCCGCAGAGCCCGAAGAGACGCAGGACGAUGUAUACGAGGACGAGAAUGAUGAUGAAGAUCAGAUUGCGACGGAUCUCACCAUUCGAAUCGGGAGGAUGAUCAUUUGUGAGAAUGUCACCGGAUUUUUCCGCCCCCAAUACGCCGAAGAGCUCGGCAAGCUUCUGUCUGAGAGCUUCACCCCCUCGUCAUCAGUCACGGGCCAGAGAGCGACACAGUCGUCUGCUCUGCUGUCCGCAGAACAGAUGCCGUCGCUUGCACCGUCGCUGAAUCUGCUGCUAGGUGGCUCGCUGCCUCUUCAUCAAAACCAGGAUGUGGAAGCACCGCAGCUACCGACAAAGAUGGAAGCAGAGGGACUACUACAGCGAUACACAGAAGCUGUCAGCCCUCUUGCGCACGUGUUGCAUCUUCCGUCGUUCAAGCGCAUGUUUGACCGCUUCUGGAUGAAUCUUGAGAUUGGGAAUCCCAACCAGAAUUCAUGUACUGCCUUGAUUUUGGCCGUGUGCAUGGCUGCUGCGGCGUCUGUAUCGCCUCUGCAAGCCAAGUCACAGUUUGGCAUCACAAAAGAGGACCUGUUCUUGCGCUUACAAAAAGCUACGGAGCGGGCAUUGCUUCGUGCUAAUUGGGCGAAGACGUCCAAUAUACGGACUUUGCAAGCUUUGACUAUCUACCUGCGACACGUUCGAUCGCUCUUGUGGUACCAAAUCUGCUUCUUAGACUUCAAGACAGCCGAAGCGCAAGGACCCCAUCCAUCCAUUCGAUCGGACGAUUUCGACAUUGCGCUCCCGUUGAAUGUAGACGACGACGUCUUCGAGUUUGGCAGUGCAAAAUGGCAGCAACACCCCGCCUCCACCACCGGCUGGUCAGACGUCACCUUAUCGCUGAUACGCUACGAGUGCAAUGAGAUCCACCGUCUCAUCUUUCGCGGCAGAAUCGAGAUGGACCGCAAGCACAUCACCCUUCACGAUCUACGCGCCCGCGUAGAAGCCAAGAAACGUCAAAUUCAAAGCAAAUACUUGCAGUACCUGGAUGCCAAUGUUCCCAUCCAACGAUAUGCAGGCCUCGUAGCAACUCUCUUAAUGUCUCGCUGCGACUCCAUGCUUCUCUACCGGCACCUCCCGCAAACCUCCCUGCAACCACGCUCAGAAUCCGAAAACCGCCUCCGCGACGUGCUCCUCACAGCAGCUCUGACCACGCUCGAAAUCGGCGCAACACUAGACACACUGCCCUCGCUCUCAGCAUGGGCCUGGUACUCAACGACCUACCAACAAUACCACGCCGUGCUCCUCCUCCUCACCGAACUCUACCGCACGCCCGAUCUCCCGCGAAAAGAGCGCAUGGCCACCAUCAUCGACCACAUCUUCGGACACUGCUACGGCGUCGGCGUGCGAGAACGCUGCUCCGACCUCCUCUUCACCGUGAAAGAGAACCUAGAAGCCUUCUACGUAAUGAAAGGCUUCAACAAAAAGCGCCAACAAAUCGCUCCCCAGCAACAUCCCACGCUCCAGCCCCUGCCCUCCUUCGGCGGCUCCGUAACGAGCCCCGCGUUUGGCGCGCAGCAGACGCCGGGUAAUAUGCAUGGCCAUUUGCAGAGGACGCCUACGUCUGGUACGCUGGAUGGCUUGAAUGUCGAUUUUGAUAGUAUACUCGGGAGCUUGAAUGGUGGCGGCGGCGGCGGCGGCGGUGGGGCAGGUGCUGGGUCGGCGGAGGAUUACGAUGUCUGGGGUGGUAUGAGCGCUGGUGCGGGUCAGGAUACGGGUGCUAUUUUUGUGCCGGUGGAUACGGGGCAUCAUGCUGAGUUUGGGACUACGAGUCCGAAUGGGGGGUUGCAGCAGUGGGAGAACUGGAAUUUCCCGCCUCAACAGCAGAAGUACGAGCAUUAA